GUCGUCGUCAAGGCGCCCCGAGCGUGCAUCAUCUCCAUGAUCAACCGCAAUACCCACAGAUUGAUGACAUCGGUUCAAUCAUAAUAAACUGUUGACCCUCCCACCAUCUACCACAUGUUUUCAAGCAUUUCGUUCUUCCAGCACCGUAUCUAGGUAUCGAUUCUUCAUCGCCUGCGAAGAGUAGAGAACACCUCUCGGAACAUCCCCCGCCUUCGAUUUAUCGCCCUCGAAUCUCUUCCAGCUUCAGAGAGCCUUCCGUCCACGCUUGUUCACUGCCGAAUCUCCACCCUUGCAUCAUCGACAGAGGAGACUUCCGGAAUUUUCUGUCGCAUCCGCUGCAAUCGUCGCAGUUGAAAGCAAUUCCGGUGGUCAUGCACCUGUGAACGUAGGCGAUAGAGAAAUAAUUGCACAAAAACAUCAAGUUUGGGAAACACAAGAACCGCCAAUAUGGAUAUCGUGGACCGUGAUAUGCAAAGGGCCGAGAUGCAGGCGACGAGGACGUUUUCGCAGGAGAGCAAAGAACGCCGUUCAUUGCGCAGUCAACCAUCAAGAGAGUCGGCUCUCUCCAGUUCGUCUGGGUCGAGCACCUCUACGACUCCGUCGAUGGGCAGAAUAGCCACCGCAGGCUAUUCCAAUCCAGAAAUAGUCACAAGAACAAGAACGCAUCCUAUCGAAGAUGUCCGCACCGAAACGCACCGCCUGCAGCAGGUUCAAACUGUUGGCGCCAGCCUCAAAUCACGCGCGACUAACAAACCACUCCCGGAAUUUGGAGGUGGGAAGCCAUAUCCUCCCAUGCUCCCGGCGCAGGAAGAAUACGUGGUGGAAUUUGAUGGGAAAGAUGAUCCUACUCAUCCACAAAAUUGGCCUUUCAAGAGAAAGUUCUAUAUCGGAGCCAUUCUGGCAUACACCUGUCUAGGCAGCACGUUCACAUCGUCCGUCUUUUCCGCCUCAACUUUUUCGGUAGCCGCCCACUUUGGCGUAAGUGUCGAAGUAGCAACUCUCAGCACUUCUCUAUACGUGCUUGGCUAUGCUUUCGGACCUUUGAUCUGGGGGCCGUUUUCGGAAUUGCAAGGGCGUAAGCUUCCUAUCCUAGUAGGAGUCUUCGGCUUUUCGGUAUUUUGCUUCGGCUGUGCCGUGUCCAAAGACCUACAGACUUUGAUGAUUACUCGAUUUUUCACUGGAUUCUUCGGCUCCUGUCCCCUGGCCGUGGUCGCUGCGGCAUUUUCCGACAUGUUUGACAACCGCCAACGAGGUGUUGCCAUUGUCAUAUUUUCUUCCAUGGUGUUCAUGGGACCUAUGCUCGGACCGUUCAUUGGAGGUUUCAUCAACGAGUCGUAUCUAGGAUGGCGCUGGAAUCUUUAUCUGCCAGGAAUCAUGGGCUCUUUCGCCUUGAUUCUCGUCGCCCUUUUCCUGCCAGAGACGUACGCGCCUGUUGUGUUGGUCGAGAAAGCUAAAGAACUGAGACGUCGCACCAAGAACUGGGGUAUUCAUGCAAAGCAGGAAGAAGUUGAAGUUGACUUCCGGGAACUGGUGACGAAGAACUUUUCGCGUCCAAUUCGACUUUUGGUUUCGGAACCGAUCAUCCUUGCCAUUACCAUCUACAUGUCCUUCAUCUACGGUCUUCUCUACUGUUUCCUGACCGCCUAUCCGCUGGUCUUCCAAGGUGUUCACCACAUGAAGCCUGGUGUGUCUGGCCUGCCAUUCUUCGGCAUGGUUGUGGGUAUCUUCAUCGUUGCCGGAUACAUCAUAUUUGACGCCCGGGCCUACAAUAAGAAAUUGCAGGCGAAUGGUGGCAUCCCAGUCCCAGAAUGGCGACUGCCACCUGUCAUCGUUGGAGGUGUCCUGUUCGCUCUCGGCCUUUUCUGGUUUGGCUGGUCCGGAUAUCUGGAAUCGGUGCCUUGGAUCGUUCCAACACUGUCCGGUCUUUUCACCGGCUUUGGGCUAUUAGCGAUUUUCAUUCAGUGCUUCAACUACAUUAUCGAUUCCUACCUCAUGUUUGCUGCCUCGGCCAUCGCCGCCAACACCUUUCUCCGUUCUUGUUUUGCAGCCGGAUUCCCGCUAUUUGCACGACAAAUGUUCGAUAAUCUAGGUAUUAAUUGGGCUGGCACGCUAUUGGGCUGUCUUGCAGCUAUCUGUGUACCCAUUCCGAUUUGUUUCUACCUCUUCGGCAAGAAGUUACGACAGAGGUCCAAGUUCGCGCCGACAAUGACCGUCAAGAAAUCGCCCGCAGACGAGGAAUCGAGCGUCAGUGACAGUGACAACGAGACGCGGAUGGUGGCUUUGCAGGCCACGAGAAGUAGAGCCGAUCAUGACGCCGAGAUUACACAUCGGUCUCGAACGAGGACGAAUGGAUCCAUUCCGACAACGACAAACGAUACCAAUGUUCAAGGUUCCGAGAAGACUAGUUGAGCGGUUUUCGGUUCGAAUAGAACAAAAGGAUAUGUUGAUAUGAUGAGAUUAGUGUGAAGUUGUGUUGAGUUGGUGUUGAUGAUCUCCUUGAUCAAAUGUUUGACUAUUUGUCAAGUGCUGAUAUAAUGAAUAACUGUAUACCUUGGAGAUUAUUUUUUAUCCUUUCUAUUAAUGUUGGAUUCCAAUCUGUGCCGAAG